GGAAAUACAACUAGUAUCGUUUCGGGUCCCCGAGUAUGCGCGUCAACGUGAUAUUCGUCGUCUUGCUGACGAUUUCUGUGGGAUUUAGUGGUUGUGCUCUUAUUCCAGAUGUUGUCACAGAAAUAGAUGAUGUGAAAUCCGAUCUCUUCGCUAAUGAAAUAGUGCAAUGGGCAAGAGAAGGAGUAGAAUCUCGAGACUUGACUCGUAUCGCGAGGGAAUUAGUGAUCCCCACAGAAUGGCAGAGGCUCGAUUGGGCGACUUUCGGUGGUCUGAAAGCCAGCAUCACCUGCACAAUCUGUAAAGCAAUGUCAAAAGCUGUGCUGAUCCUCAGACGAUCUGGAAUACCAGCAGACACAAUUCAGCAGACAAUAGCGAAUGUCUGCACACUUCUCAAUAUUCAAACCAGAUCCGUCUGCAACGGAGUUGUCAGACUGAACGCCCCGCUAAUCCUGCACAUUGUGGAUGCCGACCCAACAAUCGAUCAUAAUGACGUGUGCGGACUAAUCCUCCAGAAUCAGAGAUGCGGCCCGCCGCCCCCGCGGUACAACUGGACAGUUGAAGUUGACAACAGCCCGCCUCUGCAUUUCGAGGUGGAAGAGUCAACGGAGAGCCUGAAGAUCCUUCAGAUAACUGAUAUCCAUUUCGAUCCUCUUUACGAGCCCGGCGGCAACGCAGAUUGCCACGAGCCCACGUGCUGCAGGCGAGGGCAGAAUAACACCGGGGGGAAUAGAAAAUCCGCCGGUUUCUGGGGAGAUUUCAAUAACUGCGACGUUCCCUGGCACGCGGUCCUCGACGCUCUCGAUGAGACAAAGACCAGGCAUGGGGAUGCUGAUUUAAUCUACUUCACUGGCGACGUUAUAGAUCACGGGGUGUGGGAGACAUCUCGCAGUGUAAACAGUAGGAGUCUUCAUAAAAUUUUCAAGAAGAUGAAAGAGACCUUCAGAGAUCGUCCCGUCUAUCCUAUAUUCGGAAAUCAUGAGCCGCAUCCAUUGAACCAGUUCGCCCCAGAUGAUAUUGACGAGGACAGCUUGUCAACUAAAUGGCUGUACGCAUUAUUAGCAAAUAUUUGGAUCGAUGCUGGGUGGCUACCUGAGUCCACCAGGAGCACCAUCCUUCAGGGAGGAUUUUACACAGUCACUCCCAAGAAGGGUUUUAGAAUUAUUGCUAUUAACAAUAAUGUGGCGUACAUAUACAAUUGGUGGCUUCUCUACAAACCGAACGACCUGAACGGUCAAUUGAGGUGGCUAGCUGACACCUUGCUAGAGGCUGAGCGAAACCAAGAAAUCGUUCACAUUCUGGGUCACAUGCCCGGUGGCUCCCACCAUUUUCAACACACGUGGAGUCGAGAGUAUCGAAAGAUCGUCAACAGAUUUGCCCACAUUAUUGCAGCACAGUUCAAUGGGCACACCCACAACGAUGAGUUCAAUCUGUUUUAUCAUCCCGAUAAUAAAUCAAGAAUUAUUACUGUCGCCUGGAAUGGUGGGAGUAUAACUCCGUACACGAAUCUCAAUCCUAAUUACAAGAUUUAUCAGGCUAAUGCUAAGACUUAUCAAGUGGAAAAUGCAGACACUUGGUUCUAUAAUUUAACAGAAGCUAAUUUAACACCGAAUCAACGACCACGUUGGCACAAAAUGUAUUCAUUCAAGGAAGAAUAUGGACUCGAUAAUUUAUCAAAAGAGAGUCUUCACAGUUUGAUCACUGAUAUGGCCAAAGGUGGAAGAAGCCUGGAGAUUUAUCACAAGAAUUUUUAUAAACAUGCUGCACCUCAACUCGACAAGAAUUGUGACCGAAAGUGCAUGCAGCACCACGUCUGUGCCAUUGUGACCAGCAGCAGUGACGAUAAAAGUGAGUGCAGGCUUUUGGAGGGUCAGAAUGAAGCUCCUGCACUGUUUCCCGCACCUCAAGUGGGAGCUCUCCCGUCCAUUCCUCUUAUCACCAAUGAAAAUAGUCUUAUUUCUAAGAAAAUUAUCAAAAAAUGAAAAGUACAUUCUGUUCGCUUUGCUAAACUCGGCUGAUGUUUUCUUUGCGAAAUAAAUAUGAGUUUUUUUUAUGAAAAAUUAAUCAAGACUGGCGCUCAUUCAAGUUAUGUUUAUAUUACUUUGAUAAGGUUUUGUUUAUGCGGAUAAUUAUUCUACUCACUCCUUCCUCCCGAGGAAAAUAAAAUUCCCAGACAGCUAUUACAAAAAUCUUUUAUUUUCGUUUUCAUCCACAACAAUGCACAAAAUAAAAAAAAUUAUCGUUCAAUACUGAA